CUUCAAGCGGCUGGUCGGUUCAUACAAGGCAGCUGAGUUGCGGAGCAGAACCUCAUCAAACACCAGGUUUGCAGAGACUUUGCUCUAUUACCCUACAGCUAGUUUUUAAGCUUGUGCCAGCUUUUAUUGACCACAAAUGAAGUAACAAAAGCGAUGGUAAACUCGAAAGUAUUCUAAGAGAGGUAACUGACAAACGCAUUUUUAUCUAAAUCUCUGGUGAAUGCAGAAACAUUCAGUCUUAUCCUCAGGAAAAAAGGGUUAGUGUGAGGGGAAUGUGACGAACUCAUUUCCUUGUUGAUAAGUUUUUACCUUUUUCUGUCUGACCAUAUUGAGUGAAGUGUUGCUAGGAAUCCAAAUAUAGAAAAAACUUAACCUAAACUACUCCGAAACACAACGGUAAAUUAUUCAUCGUAUUAACUGCUUUGAAAAUAAUUCCCCAAAAUCUUGUGCCACUAUGGCCAUUGACUGUUUCUUAGAAUCGUCUUAGUAAUUUGAUACUCAAACAUUUUGCUAACAUUGAUAGUUGUUUAACAACAAGCCAUGAUCAUCUCGCACCUGAGCUCACUUAACACUUGAGUUUGUACAUCUCUUCAAGCGCCAAUCAGACACAAACCCCCUUUCAGAGCAGGAGGAUAUCGAUUUUAGAGUUGUCAUAAACCAAUUCGGCAAUAUAAAGAAAAUGAUAUGGCAGCCUCUUUCCUUCCGAAACGUCACCGAAAAUUCGAGACAGCGAGGCAGCUUCGUAAAUAUUCUGGAAACUUACGCAAAAUAGCCGCGGCGCUGUUUUAUUAAAGACGGUUGAAAUUGUAGUUACAAAUCCUUUGAUUCAGAGAUCUAUUAUCAAAGAGGCAGAUAACUGCUAUGGCUGCGUCAAGGAUGAAUUUGUUGGAACUGUUCAAAAUCAAAUUUCAUGCUCGCCAGGUUGAGAUCAAUAAAAAGCCAUAAAUUCGCAGCGCUUUCCUUUGCAACCUAAGAUCAGCCUUUUCAUCACUGUUUUAAAAGUUAUCGUAUUUAUUUAAAUUUACCAAAAGCACGGAUUUGUAACUGAAGCAGGCCCCAUUCGUUUGCAGACGUUUUCGGGCGUUUUAGUAUGGACAAGUGAAGAGGCUGGAAAAAAAUUGUGUAGGCAGAAAUAUUUCGCUUCGUUUUCGCCGAUAUGCAAACGGAGAAACUUUUCAAAACGCACUAAUGUGGUCAGGGCCUUAUAAGGAAGUAUGCAUGCAAGCAGGUGAUUACUUUUUGAAGAAGCCUGCUGGGUUUUGGAAGAAUGGACCGAGCCAUACAAGGUACGCCUUUUAUUCUUCCCUUUCACUGCACUAAGCUCAUUUAGCUCAUGAGUCUCUACCUCUCUUCAUGCGCCAAUUAAAACAGAUAAAAUAUUUAUGCUGUUUUUUAAGCGAGACAUCGAUUGUAGAAGUUGUGUGGAAAUAAAUAAAACUUAUUCGAUGGUUUAACGUAAGAUGGACACGAAUAUUUUGCGAGUUGCGUGAUACUUUUCCGGGCCCUGAUCUGAACUGCAGUUAGUUUUUAAGAGAGUGUCUCUGUAAGAGCGGUCCAGCCGAUUUUGCUUGUAACACGGAUUUCGCUCAUUUCUUGUGUGUUGUAAUACAUUCAUGUACCUAUGCUAAAACUACAAUCCGUUUGAUCGGAUCUCUUUAUUUUUCAGAGUUUACGGAAAUUAAAUUUCACUCGAGCGAAGGCUUGUCGUGACACUUUUCAAGACUUUAAUUUCAUACAAAUUUGGAGGACAAUUUACAAAAAACUACGGAGCUCAGCAAAAAAAAAAAUAUCACAGCCAUGUAUAUUAACUCUAUCUUAUCUAUCGAGGCGACUUUCGUAAACAUCACGUUUCAAUCGAGGAAACAGGAAGACUUGAAUGACACCUUAUGGGUUCGCCUGAGUCACACCCGCCAAAACCGAUCAAAUUCAAGGUUAAGUUUUAACUUAACUGAUCCAACUAGCAUAGCUAGGAAGUAGGUGCCAUAGAAAAGGUAACUACAGAAAAAAAAUUUGCGGCCCGACCUUUACGAAAACUUUAUAACUCCGUGAACUUACCUAAUUUUCGGCAAUCUCUAAGUUUGGCCGCCAUUUUGAGGGACUUGUCAACAUGAAGCGUAACCGAUAUAAAUCAAGCAGGUAGAUCUAAAACCGUCAGAAAUACAUACGAAAACAAUUCCAAUGAACUUUACUUUCAAUUCAAGCGGCAAAAUUUGAAAUUGUUCGUUAAACUUAUCAUCCCCAGUGUUUGAAAUGUUGGAAGAGAUACAUACAACUAGUGUUCGAAUUCCCCUCGUCGAUUCCACCGUAAGAAAUAACCUGUGCCACCCAAGCUUCGACUCGAAUGUGAAGUACGAAUCAAAUAAUAUAACUGCUUUAUCUUCGCGGCAAUAUCACGCUGGUAUUUUGAUUUUCUGAUCGACAAGAACGGUGAUCAGGAAUCGAUCGGUAUGUUUACCUCAAAAACAUGACCACUGACCAGCCGCUGAGUGAAAAUAGUUUAGCGCGGGGUGGGGUGGGUGGCGGGCUUAUCGUCAUUAGAUAUUCGAAUACAUAUAUACUUUAAAAGUUUUAGGACUAAACAGUGAGGGCAUGCUUCGUGGUACAGACAACUUUUAUAUCAUUCUCAUAACUUUCUCCUUUAAAUUAGAACUGGUAUUAAUAAAUAGAGUUAUCAAUAUAUUUUUAACUGGGGUACCCAUAUGACCUUUUUGCUUGUCAUAUGUGGUAUAAAAUGAGGUGUCUUUUCCACCAGAACCUUUUAUUUAUGCCCAAUUGCACGGAAUGAAAACUAUUCUUAGAAUGUUUGUUCUAAGUCAUUUUUUCUAUUUGAUUCAUUUAGCUGACACGUUCUUUUAAGUUAUGGCGCGUGCAGAUUUUCUUUAUCAAAAGUCGCGCGUGCAACACACCGGAAUUGAAAAUUCAUCGUAAAAUCGCACGAACCUUAGAAUGAGUGUAGGCAACCUUGACUUCUGGCGAAAUGAAGUGGAUGGUUCAAAGGACCCCCUGAGAUUUUUUUCAGGACUAUGACUGAGAUUUGUUUAUAACUAUGAUAAUCGUCAUUAUUAGCAGACGGUGCUUUUUACCAAGUGCUGUCAUCAUUAUCGUUAUCACGCCGGAAGAAGUAUAAAGCCGGCACGUUGCCUUACCUAACUACAGAGAAAAUUGUUCUCUCUUUUGCUCCCCUUGGAUCCUGGAAACUGUUACUAUUAAGACGAUCAACAAGGAAGCCUUCAUAAUUACUGAAACUUUUGAUUAACAGAAUAUAAGAAAAAAUCUGUGGGGAGAGUAGUUCGCGUAUCUUAUAAUCUGAACGAUAGUUUUCAGUAAAACAAAUACCACUUAAUUCAAUUUACCUCGUUUUUAACAGUGGCGUUUCUGGGGACCGUAGAUUCUUCUCUGAUUCUUCUUGUCUCAGCCAAGACUCACUUUCAUCAACUUUUUUCUCGUGCUUCUUACGGCAUGGGACACAGAGAGCUGAGGUAUGCGAUUGCAAAUUUCUCAGUUGAAAGUAAGGCCCAAUAGCAUCCAUCAGGAAUUGAAAACCGACAUGCACUGUUUACUUUUAUUAUUCUUAAUCAAAUAAGGGGUGUUUUAGUCUACAAAUUUAAUCAUACUGGUUAAUGAGAAUCAUACAAACUGAGGAAAACUGAACGCAAAUAAUUGUGAACCGUACGCAUGAAUAAGUGUAUUGCGUCGUCAGGUGAUUUGAUCUUCUACAAAAACACUAUUGAUUAUCAACCAAGCAACAUUGUACAUAUUUCCAUCUGCAAUUAAAAGCACUUACACAUAGAUCUAUGUUUUUUGAACGUGCUGUGUACUUAAGUACCCUUAAUCUAAUAAAGAGUUUCUUCUCUUUUCGAGCAGAUAUGUCACGAGACAAAAAUAGAUAACAGAAAAUGUUACUGAAGACCAUCUGAAUCAACUGUAAUAAUAACUCCAAACAGCUUUUGAAUGUCCUGAGACAUAUGCAAGGUAAUUACAUCUCUGCCUUCGAUACGCUUCCUAACACCAUCAUGAUAAGGAUACUGACAUGUUACCUUUGCACUUCUCCAAAACUUCCCCAAAAUGUGGCGAUGCCUAUCGCAAAUCCACAUUUUUUGUUUAUCCUCCUGAGCGAGGUGAAAUAGGCCAGUCCUUGCCAAGAUUAGUCCAUUUUAUUUAAGACCUCUUUAGACAGGUGACAGCUUAUCAAAUGAUGUUUUACUUCAUCAUUGCAUUCAGACAGUCGUACCAAACCACUUAAGUCACGCGAUGAACCAAAGUUUUUUCCAUCUUUGCUAUUCAAAAAGCAGUCUUGAGAUAUAAUGAACGUCUCGCUAACGAACGACUUCUUCCUGUACUUGUAAUUGUUUCCAACGCGAUACAAAUUCGGAAGAUCUAAAGGAACUCACUAUAACUUUGUGUACUCGAUACGAUUUCAAUUUCUGCUUCAAGGGAGAAGCCUACUUUAAUUCGUGAGUGGUCAGUGGUUACGCUCGUGAGGUAAAGAAUGGGUUUGUGACUUUUUCACUCAAUUGAAAAGACUCGCGUCACUCUUAUGAAAUGGUCGAACGGAAUACAGACUCCGAACAGUCUCAUAUUUUUCUUAAAGAUAGUGAGGUCACGCAUAUCCUGUGAGCAUGGAGAAGCCGCGAGACGCGAGACUCGUGUCUCGCGUCUUUGCCGCUCCAAGCUCUCAGAGUUGGGCAAAGACAAGACACGUUACUUCCGAUGCGAUACAAGAGGUUCAACGGUUAUCUCGUUUAUCUAAACACAUUUAUUUACGUGGUAAAGAUUUGUUUGUAAAUCUAUGAAUUGAUGCUAGUCCUAUUUGGAACGAAAUGUAUUUGAAAGAAAAAAGAAUACUAAGUAAAACAAAAGUUGUCUGCAACACGAAGCAUGCCUUCGCAUUAAGACUGAGAGUCCCAAUGCUUAUCACGAUACUUUAAUGCACAUGUUCGAAUGUUCCCAAAAAUCUUCUGAUAAUCUGCCCACACCCACCUCACACCCCGCCCCUCACCAUUGAGCCGUACUGUUUUCACUCAGCGGCCGGUCAGCGAUCAUGUUUAUGAGGUAAACAUGCAUGGCGAUCGCUACCUGAUCGCCAUUCUUGUCGAUCCGAAUGUCAAAAUACCAGCGUGAUAUUGCCUCGAAGAUGAAGCAGUUGUGUUAUUGAUUUGUACUUCACAUUCGACUCGAAGCUUGGGUGGCACAGUUUAUUUUCUUACGGUGGAAUCGACGAGGGGAAUUCGAACACUAGUUGUAGUGUUUGAAUUGUUGGAAGAAAUGGUCGAAUGGGGAAGGUAAGUCUAACGAAGAAUUUCAAAUUUUGCCGCUUGAAUUGAAAGUAAAGUUUAUUUGAACUACUUUCGUAUGUAUUUCCGACGGUUUUAGAUCUACCUUGAUUUCUAUUGGUUACACUUCAUGUUGACAAGUCCCUCAAAAUGGCGGCCAAACUUAGAGAUUGCCGAAAAUUAGGUAAGUUCACGAAGUUAUAAAGUUUUCGUAAAGGUCGGGCCGCAAAGUUUUUUUCUGUAGUUACCUUUUUUAUGGCACCUACUUCCUAGCUAUGCUAGUUGGAUCAGUAAAGAACACCUCACUUUUUCAAAAAUUUACCUUGAAUUUGAUCGGUUUUGGCGGGUGUGACUCAGGCGAACCCAUAAGGUGUCAUUCAAGUCUUCCUGUUUCCUUGAUUGAAACGUGAUGUUUACGGAAGUCGCCUCGAUAGAUAAGAUAGAGUUAAUAUACAUGGCUGUGAUAUUUGUUUUUUGCUGAGCUCCGUAGGUUUUUGUAAAUUGUCCUCCAAAGUUGUAUGAAAUUAAAGUCUUGAAAAGUGUCACGACAAGCCUUCGCUCGAGUGAAAUUUAAUUUCCGUAAACUCUGAAAAAUAAAGAGAUCCGAUCAAACGGACUGUGGUUUUAGUAUAGGUACAUGAAUGUAUUACAACACACAAGAAAUGAGCGAAAUCCGUGUCACAAGCAAAAUCGACCAGACCGCUCUUACAGAGACACUCUCUAAUGCUUUCACCAGCUUUUGUUGACCACAAGUGAACUGACAAAAGUGAUACCGAUAACUUAAGAGGAAUUAAAGUUUUGUUGAAAGAGCAUUUUGUCUGUAAAACUUGAUAUAGCCCAGUACAGUUGCGAUGCAUAUAAAUGAGUGAAAGACCUUCAAUCAGUUUAAUUUCCAUCUCUCGAGGGAAAUAAGAGCGUUCAUUACUUUUGUUUCUACUUUUUUUUAUCGUAAAAUGGAAUAUCUGUAUGGCGACCUAUUUAUAUCCUGCUACUGAAGGCCAUGAUUACCCUUACAGAAUAUUCCAACAACAAAACUCAAACGGUAUUAGUUGGUUCCGUUAUUUCUGAAAUGCAUACAGUAUUUUGUGGGGGUGCCUCAAGGAUCAGUACUGGGGCCACUCCUUUUCCUUAUUUAUAUAAAUGACUUUCACAGUUUCCCAAAACUAUUGGAUUUUCACUUAUUGCAGAUGAAGCAAAUUCAUUUUUUAAGUAUAAGGACCUUAACAUACUUGAAAGUGAAAUUAACAGUGAACUUGGAAAAGUACAUAUUUGGCUAUUUGUAAAUAAGCUUUCAGUAAAUAUUGAAAAAUCAAAUUUUGUUAUUUUUCAUCUAGUACAAAAACGAAUUCCCAAAAAGGUUAUGCUAUUUAUAAAUGAUCAAUCAUUAACAGAAGAAACUUCCAUAAGAUACCUUGGAGUUGAUAUAGAUUCAAAUAUUAUUUGGAAGACCCACAUUACCUAUGUUGCUAAAUAAAAUCAACAGAAGAGUAGGUAUUCUCUCUAGGCUUUGUUACUUCCUAUAGACAAAAACGUCGCUAAGCCUGUACUAUACCUGAAGAGGGCCAUUCUUGCGAUGUAUGAGUUUUUGAGCCUCUGCUGCAGCUGAUGGUAGUGUCAGCAAUGGACACUUUUCAUAGAUUUUAAGUCUCCUUACCAGUAAAUUAAACUCAUUAAUAUCUGAGUUUUCAACCACCGAAUCACACCAUUUAUUGAUCUAAAGACAAUCGGUGCACAACUGAUAAAUCAAAAUAGCACGAGUGUCAAAAAACCAAUAGAGUCAAUGUAUUUACUUUUUUUUUCCCAUUCGCACGCAUCGCUGAGACAUGAAGUCUUAUUCCUACUCUUUUCAACGUAUUUUAGUCUUACUUUUGGAGCCAACACUUUUUUCUGGAGCGAAAUCGUAGCUUUUCCAUGAUCCGCUAGCACUUUAGAACCCAACCAAAAUGGUAGGUACCCUUCCGUUACUUCAAGCAAAAAGUCUUCCCUGUUGAGUGUGCGUAGAACGAAUAGAUACACCUAACUGAGUGGUUUAACUUAUAAUACGCUCGGACAUUUUGCGAGUUGCGCAGUAUUUUGUCUCGCCCCUUCGGGGCUCGGUUAAAUGCGUGCAAUGAGCAAAAUGUUCGUCGUAUUAUGAGUUAAACCAUCCAAUAAUGGAUUUAGUAUUCCACUCUCAUUUCAUUUUUAGUCCUUUAGCUAGUUUUCGAACCUUCGUAUGGUCUUAUCUGAGCAUCGCACCGAUCGCAUAGGGCGGGUGUAAAAGAGAAAAAGAACACAAAUGACAUCAUUCUAGUGUUCCAAAAAAAUUUGUUGUAGGCUUCGAAGUUCGUUUCUGAAAAGAUCAUGUCGAUCACGCAGUGCUUGCUUACUUUUAUUGCUGUUGUUAACUAUAAACGUAACAUAGAUCAGAGACCGUGCAUUUCAAACGUCCGAGUUAACGGGUAUUAGUCAAUCAAAACCGAUGGCGGCAGAGCUGAUCGAUUGAUAUCGGUAACUGAUGUCAACCGAUGUUUAUGACAAUUGAUAAUCAUCAAAGCUUGUGUGAUCAAUUGCCUAUCGAUUACCGAUAUCAAUCGAUUAUUUGCCAUCGAUUAUCAUCGAUUGUCAUCGAUCAUCGAUUUCAUCAAUUCUUAAGGCCCUGAGUAAAGGAACAUUAAUCAGUGAAACACAAGAAGACCUUCUUGUCCAUAAUUCUUUUUAAGACUUCAGGCAAGUAAGAUAAAUUCUAGUUUCAAGUGAUUCCAAGUGAGUUGAAGUGAAGCAUGAGUCGUGGCUGAUGCCCUUUUCCACUAUGCUUGUCGAAACGUCGGUCAUUACUACCGACGAUAGUCCCUCUCUAGAAACUAGUCAUGCUUAAAAUCAAAUCUUGAUAAUCACGCAAGUAUCCCGCCAAAUACUCGAAACAGAUUUAAAAUUGUGUUUGUUCUUUGUUCUAGUACCAUGAAAAAACAUUCCUCUUGAAAAUUUCUACACGAAACUCAGGGGCGAUCUGCAUUAGGAAUGGCUUAUGUCAGGUGAGUUGAAUGUAUUGUGAAACCAUCUUUGAUAAUGAUUUCCUGCUUGUCUGCAAAAUUACAGCGUUGCUAUGUCUCAGAAGCCGGCUGAUUGUUUGCAGUAUUACCGUUCAGAAUACCUUAGGGGCACUAAUGAAUACAUUGAUGCACAUAGUUCUUGAUCUGUACGAAGCUUUACCAGAUAGCAUAUGUAAGAACAUGAAAAACAACGCCAAAAAUUUGUCUUUUCAACAGAUACAGCGACUAUUGCUCUUGUUCCUUUACGGCAAGAGAGACCCACAUGCCAUGGUUUUUUAUUGGACUCAUUUACAUCAUAUGCAUAACAUCAACUGAUGCGAUUUAUUCUAAUUACCACACCUUCGGAAAAAUGGACGAGGUAAAUGAAAAUAUACGCUGUGCUAGCAUUUGCGAGGGGAGCUCCCUAGCGACAAGGCAGGGGAUGCUCCCAGAUAAUGUCAACUAACCAUCAGGACGUAGGCAAUCUGGGUGUGGCUCAGGUCACCUUGCUGAAUCCAUAGAUACUUCAUUAAAGAAAACUUUGGAAUAAUAGUUGCCAGGAAAUUAACUGUCCUAAGUCAAAAAAAAAAAACAAAAAAAAUUGAAGGAGCAUUCUCACCUUAUGCAUAAGGAAGCCCCCCCCUCCUCUCCUUAAUAUAUGCGUUGAGUUAUCAACAUCCGUGAAACGGAACUGGUCAUUUCAGAGAACUAUUGGAUAAAUCUUCAACGCAGCCAUUCUUUUGGAUGUAAUGCGACACUCCCCUGAAGAGCGACUGCAAGAGAGACUAAUGGUAGAUUGAGUGCUAUCAAACCAAAAUCAAAGUUAUCCAAACGGGCAAUUAGAUCAACGACAAAAGUAAUCAAACUCAGGCCUUUUUAAGAUGAACACCUGUAAGUACUGACUUCACCCUUUUGGUCAUGUGUGUCAUUUUGCGAGCUAAGCACACGCAACGGGUAAUAUUUCAAAUAAUUUAAAAGUUCUGAAAUACUUAAAGAUCUUGACUUCCUGUUUUGUAGAAAGAAAAAGCAAGAGUGGUAGAGGAAAUCUUAGAAAAAGAAAAACUUCCCUCUGACGAUGAGAAACUGCAGUAUAGGAAAGGUUGGGAUGAGUUUAAACAGAAAAUAGAAAAGUUAAGUUCCAAUGCGCUAAAAACCGCCAGGAGACUCCGAAAAAUAGCUGAUAGACUUGAUGAAGCGUGGUGGGAGCACAAGAUAAAGUUCGCCUCUGCAAGCUUUGUGUUUGUAAUAGGAGGAAUUAUAACACAUAGGACUGGAAGUGUAACAGGUUUGGGUUUUGGAAUUGCUGGAGCCGUAGUAAGUAUAAAGGCUAGUGUCAUAAAAGAUUUCAAAGAUUUAAAGGAUUGCAAGGUGGCCAGAAAGCUCUUGGAGGAGACCAAAGACAACUUCAUCGCCGUGAUGAAAAUUAUCCACGCUAAAUCCCAUAAGGCGGCUAACGGUCAGGAUUUGACGAUUCUUCGUGAGAUUACUAGUGCAACGAGAAUCCCCAUGGCAAAAGAAGCGGUAACUUUUCUCAAAAAAGCAGGGUUAGGUGCAAAAGAAGCAGCAAAGGCAGGAGCACAAGUUGCUGAUGAUGCAGUCCAAGUCGGCGCGAAAACCUUAACACUGGAAGUGGCAAAGCAUGAAGCACAAUUUGUUAAUGACUUGGCG